AGCUCUCCUUCCGCUCUGAGGAGUUGCCAGGCCGUGGAGCGGGACUGCGGCUGAGGCAGGAAGAGUGGGGGCCGUGGUGACAUGAAGCAGCCCUGCCGCUGAGGCCCCAUUGUCUCCACUUCAACGUGGGGGCCCACCAGGAUGAGCAAGCGACCUGGUGAUCUGGCCUGUGACUUGGAGCGCAGUUUGCCGGCCCUGGCCUCCCUGGGCACCUCACUGUCCCACAGCCAGAGCCUCUCCUCACACUUCAUCCCGCCACCUCUGGAGAAGCGUAGGGCCAUCUCCGACGUCCGCCGCACCUUCUGCCUCUUCGUCACCUUCGACCUGCUCUUCAUCUCCCUUCUCUGGAUCAUCGAGCUAAAUGGGCUCCUCCGUCACUGGAAGAAGGACAUCCUUCAUUCACGCCUGCCCUCAGAGCCCUUCCUGUCUUCCUCUGCAGACCAACACUGGCAUCCGGAAGAACUUGGAGCAGGAGGUGAUCCACUACAGCUUCCAGAGCUCGUUCUUCGACAUCUUUGUUCUGGCUUUCUUCCGCUUCUCUGGGCUGCUCCUGGGCUAUGCUGUGCUCCGUCUCCAGCACUGGUGGGUGAUUGCGGUCACCACACUGGUGUCCAGUGCAUUCCUCAUUGUCAAGGUCAUCCUUUCUGAGUUGCUCAGCAAAGGGGCAUUCGGGUACCUGCUCCCCAUUGUCUCUUUCGUCCUGGCCUGGCUGGAGACCUGGUUCCUUGAUUUCAAAGUCUUACCCCAGGAGGCUGAAGAGGAGAGAUGGUAUCUUGCUGCCCAGGCUGCUGUUGCCCGUGGACCCCUGCUGUUCUCCGGUGCUUUGUCUGAGGGCCAGUUCUACUCUCCCCCAGAAUCCUUUGCAGGGUCUGACAAUGAAUCAGAUGAGGAAGUCACCGGGAAGAAAAGUUUCUCUGCCCAGGAGCGGGAGUACAUCCGGCAGGGAAAGGAAGCUACUGCGGUGGUGGAUCAGAUCUUGGCCCAGGAGGAGAACUGGAAGUUCGAGAGGAGUAACGAGUAUGGGGACACUGUGUACACCAUUGAAGUUCCCUUCCAUGGCAAGACCUUCAUCUUGAAGACCUUCCUGCCCUGUCCUGCUGAGCUGGUGUAUCAGGAAGUAAUCCUGCAGCCUGAGAGGAUGGUGCUGUGGAACAAGACGGUGACUGCCUGCCAGAUCCUACAGCGGGUAGAGGACAACACCCUUGUCUCCUAUGAUGUGUCAUCCGGAGCUGCAGGUGGCGUUGUGUCCCCCAGGGACUUUGUGAAUGUCCGACGUAUUGAGCGGCGCAGAGACCGAUACCUGUCAUCCGGCAUUGCCACCACACACUGCUCCAAGCCCCCCACGCACAAAUAUGUCAGAGGGGAGAACGGCCCCGGAGGCUUCAUUGUGCUCAAGUCAGCCAACAACCCCCGGGUCUGCACCUUCGUCUGGAUUCUUAACACAGAUCUUAAGGGCCGCUUGCCUCGGUACCUUAUCCACCAGAGCCUUGGGGCCACCAUGUUUGAAUUUGCCUUUCACCUGCGGCAGCGUGUUGGAGAGCUGGGGGCCCGAGCUUGAGCAUGCUCCCACGCCACCCUGCGGGCCAGGGUUCUGUCCACUGCCUCCGGAGCCAGAAAGUGGAACUGUUUGGCUUUCCUGCUGCUCAUGAAGGACUUUGUGAUAAGCAGAGGUGGCACCUCAUUCCCUGGCUGUCGUAGUCCACUAAGCCAUACUGCCCAGGAACAGGGUCCUGAGCAGUUGUGGGGUUCAGUACCUGGACUCGGGGUUUCCCAGACUGAAGGAGCUGGGACUGUUUUGCCUAUGCUGACUUCUGCCGGAGACUGUCUGCAUGCCUCACUGGGCAUCUUAGACUUGGUCACAGAGGACCUGGGCUUAGGUGGGGCAGGAGAGCUUCCGAUUGCCAGUGUGAAGGUGAGGGAGCUCUCUAAGUUUUGUACCAUUAGUGAAGGGGUCUGUGACCCUAUUCCAUACACAUCGUGGGGAUACAAGGCAGGGGACGGCACUGCGCUCCUGCCUCUCCGCGCCCUUACCCUCUACGAAGGCCUUCUUGGGGACCUUUGUAAUGAUUUGAGCCAAUUAAAAACAUGAAAUAAAAAAUAAAAAUGCA